CUCUUCGAUCUUCGAUCCAAUCCCAAAGCCACAACCUCGACACAAAAACUACCACUCGAUACAAAACCUUUAUCAUGUCCGACAAGUCCACCCCCAUGACCCAAUCCGAUGCUUCGCGCAUUCAAAGCACCCAAGACAAAGGGGGAAAGGAUAUGAGCUCCGAGGGCUUUGCUGCUAGGGCUCAGAGCGCCGGCGACACCAACGCCAACCAAGGCGGAGCCGAUGCCGGCAAGAAGUGAG